AAUGUCUGAUGCUGAGGGCUUUAAAGCCAAUUUGUCGCUUCUGAGAGGGCCUGGAGAGAAGACCUACACACAGCGCUGUCGUCUCUUUGUUGGGAACUUGCCUGCUGAUAUAAAGGAGGAGGAAUUUAAGAGGUUAUUUUCUAUAUAUGGUGUACCUGGUGAAGUCUUUAUCAACAAAGGAAAAGGCUUUGGCUUUAUUAAACUGGAAUCUCGAGCUCUGGCUGAAAUUGCAAAGGCUGAACUUGAUGAUACUCCCAUGAGAGGACGGCAGCUUCGUGUGCGUUUUGCCACCCACGCUGCUGCUCUUUCUGUGCACAAUCUUUGCCCAUAUGUAUCCAAUAAAUUGCUGGAGGAAGCAUUUUCUCAGUUUGGCCCAAUCGAAAGAGCUAUUGCGAUUGUAGAUGAUCGUGGCAGAUCAACAAGAAAGGGCAUUGUUGAAUUUGCAUCUAAGCCAGCAGCUCAGAAAGCAUUUGAACGUUGCUCUGAAAGUGUCUUUCUUUUGACUACUACUCCAAGACCUGUUAUUGUGGAGCCCCUUGAAUAGUUGGAUGAUGAAGAUGGUCUUCCAGAAAAGCUGGCUGAGAAAAAUCCAGUGUAUCUAAGAGAGACUCCUCCACGGUUUGCACAGCCUGGAAGUUUCGAAUAUGAAUACUCUCAGCGAUGGGAGUCUUUGGAUGAAAUGGAGAAACAACAAAGAGAUCAGGUGGAGAAAAACAUGAAAGAUGCCAAGGACAAACUGGAAAGUGAAAUGGAAGGUGCAUACUAUGAGCAUCAGGCAAAUCUUUUGCGCCAAGAUCUCAUGAGGCGACAAGAAGAACUGAGGCGUAUGGAAGAACUUCACGAUCAAGAGAUGCAAAAACGCAAAGAAAUCCAGCUGAGACAGGAAGAAGAGUGCCAUAGUCGGGAAGAAGAGAUGAUGAUCCGCCAACGUGAGAUGGAAGAACAAAUGACAAGACAGAGAGGAGAAAGUUACAGUAGAAUGGGUUACAUGGACCCUAGGGACAGGGACAUGAGAAUGGGAGGUACCAGCACAAUGAACAUGGGGGAUCCUUAUGGUACAGCUGCUCAGAAAUUCCCACCUUUAGGAGGUGGUACUGGCCUUGGCUAUGAAACCAGUCCUGGAGUUGGACAAGCAUCUAUGAGUGGCUCCAUGAUGGGAAGCGAUAUGCGCCCAGAGCAAUUUGGGCAGGGAGGUGCAGGGCCUGUAGGUGGCCAGGGCCCUAGAGGAAUGGGGCCUGGAACUCCAGCAGCUUAUGGGAGAGGGAGAGGGCCCUAG